UUUUUUUUUUUUUGUUAUUUUCAUUGUGAUUACUUUUGUUUGUAAUGGCUAAAUUGCCUGUGUUUGAUGUGGGAGUUUUGUUUGUUAUUGUGAUGACAGCAACUGUGGCAAAUGGGUUCUUGAUGAGCAGAGAUUUAACAGAGAGGAGAGAUGUGAGCACACUGAGGCAGGGCACUCAAACCUCUGGACCCUCUGGACCGGUCAACAGACGCUCCAAGAGGUGCACCUGCUACACCUACAAGGACAAAGAGUGUGUGUACUACUGUCACCUGGACAUCAUCUGGAUUAACACGCCAGAGCAUACUGUACCAUAUGGCAUGUCCAGUUACCAGGGCUCAUCGAGGCCGAGGAGAUCUGCGGGGGUUAGGAACAAGACAGGAGCCAAAGCACAACGCUGUGUUUGCUCACUGUCCUCUGAUGCCCACUGCAGCAGCUUCUGUAUGUCCAGAUCAAGUGGACCACCUGAGAAGAAAACAGCCCCUGCAUUAGAUUUACCUGCUAAGACUGCACAUGUUUCCUAUACUAUAUGAAGAUAAAAAGGAUUAGUCUGGACAUCAAGCAGUGGAGAGGCAAUCUGACCGACUGUGUGAAAUGUCCAAACCAAAGCCCUGUGUGCCUGCACAGACUGCUACCUGUAUACACACAGAGGACAGAGGACAGAGGACAGUGGACAGUGGACAGUGGACAGGGCAUAGGGCUGUGAGCUCUGGAGCUGUGCAUAUGGUGUUACAUGGGCAUGUUUGUUCAGCACCACUGGUGAGGGUGUGGACACAGAGUGGAUCUAGGAUCACACAACCUGAGUCACAUGGCUCAGGACCUCUGAAGGAGCAGCCCUCAAUAUUUUUCCUCAACACAUGUUUAAAAAGUUUGAAGAAUGUUCUUCUGCAGUGCCAGGACAGCAUCCUCCUACACCACAUGGAUUUUAUAAGCUGUAAAAAGUAUUCUAUUUAAUAUAAACUAUUUGUGUGGAAGGAUUCUUUAUUGUGAAGGACUUUAUGGUCAUUUACAUCCUUACUUACAUAAUUUUAAUAUUUUUGACUGAAUAUAUUUUAAUGUUCUUACAUAAUUUAACAUUAUAUUGCGUGUAAUAAGGCCUACUGUGACAAAAGGAGACGUCUCUAUGCUUUAUAUUGUAUUGGCACAUGCUUUAAUAAUAAUAAUAAUAAUAAUAAUAAUAAUAAUAAUAAUAAUAAUAAUAAUAAUACUGCAUCUUAAAUAUUGUUUUUCCAGACGCUCAAUGCAAUUUCGGGCAUUAUUUACUUCCUCCACUCUCAGCGGUGGUAACCUGGCUGUUGUAGCCACAGCUGUCGUGGGAUAGACUGACAGAAGUGAGGCAGCCAAUCUUCACCAAUGGCUCCACACACAACUUAAUUCAAUGUGACAUAGCCCUUAUGUGCACAGGACAGUGCACAUAAUCAUGCAUUUCACUAAAACAUUUUACAAAAAAUCUUGGUUGGGCAUGGGCCAUAAACAUGGACAGCAGAUGUACGUGACAUCCGUAGAGGUAAUUCCAUAACUGAUACCUUGCAACCAUAUUGUA